GUACUCAAGCAUUGUGGGUUUAUUAUUCGAAUCAGACUGAUGGCCUAACCUGUCUAAAGGACGAGAAAAUAAACAUGACAUUUUCUGAUAUAUUUCUUAGGGAAUCCUUUAAAAAUGGCACUGUCACGCACACUGAUGUCAAUGAAUGGUAUUUCAAUAGGGGCCCCUUAGGGACAACCGACAAUUCAAUGAAAAUGAUUAACGAGAGCCGAACUGACCUUGUAAGAAAAUUUCUAAUGUAUAAUACAUCCAAUUACCAGUGCGCCGUGGUUAAAGUGGAAACAUGGACUGAGGACGGUCUCCCUCUGCUUGCUAAGGACAUAAAGGAUGAGAACCAAAACGCGGCGACUGGUGCUUUCACAUUGACAGUAUAUUACGAUCUGUCGGUAACGGAUCCUAAUAAAGAGGUUCCAACAGAUUGUAUCGAUAAAUAUAACGAAUAUGUUCGGACGGGAAAUAAGACGAUAUAUACAAAGGAUUGCCAGACGUCAAGCGGAAAGACAGACUGAUAAAAAGGACAACUUCUACGUAGCCUCCAGUUCUUAGAUGUGUGUCCUUCUUUUUUAUUUAGUCUAUAAAAAGAAAAUGGGCAACGUAUAUUCUUUGUAGAUCCCAGUUGUUGUUAGCAAAGCAGUUACAUUUAAGUGCAAAAAAUAAAAACUCUACAAGCAAUA